GGCAAAAUGUACCUCAAGUCGAUUGUUAUUGAAGGGUUUAAGUCCUACGGCCAGAGGACGGAAAUUAAAGACUUAGACCCCUUUUUCAAUGCUAUUACUGGCCUAAAUGGUAGUGGCAAGUCUAAUAUCUUGGACUCCAUCUGUUUCGUGUUGGGAAUCGCCAAUCUGUCACAGGUACGUGCUUCCAACUUGCAAGAUCUGGUUUAUAAGAACGGACAAGCUGGAGUUUCUAAAGCAACCGUGUCUGUUACCUUUGAUAAUUCUGACAAGGAACGAAGUCCUCUGGGAUUUGAGGACUGUAAGGUUAUCACUGUCACUAGGCAGGUUGUUAUUGGAGGGAGAAAUAAAUACUUUAUCAAUGGUAUGAGUGCCACUAACAAUCGAGUGCACGAUCUCUUCUGUUCUGUUGGGCUCAACGUCAAUAAUCCUCACUUCCUCAUUAUGCAGGGACGAAUUACCAAAAUUCUCAGUAUGAAGCCGCCAGAGAUUUUAGCAAUGAUUGAAGAAGCAGCUGGUACUAGGAUGUAUGAAAGCAAGAAAUUACUUGUCCAGAAAGCUAUAGAGAAGAAGGAAAACAAACUGAAAGAAAUUCAAAUGGUCUUGAAUGAGGAAAUCAAUCCAACUCUACAGAAACUGAGAAAGGAACAAGCAUCCUAUCUGGAAUACCAAAAAGUAGUACAAACAACGGCAUACUUAAGACGCUUCUGUGUGGCUUACAGUUUUGAUGAAGCUGAAAAGGCAAAGGCAUCCUCCAGUGAAACAUUAAAGGAACUGCAGGCUAAUGUAGAAAAGCUUCGUAAAUCAAAGGCUGAAAAUGAACAUAGGAUAAAACAACUUAAAGAAGAAGUGGCAGAGCUGGAAAAGGAAAUGAAUAAGGAAGCUGGUGAUACUCUUCAUUCACUGGAAGGUGCUCUUUCAGAAAUUAGAAGAGAAAAUACCAGAGCACAAAGUGCCCUCGAUCUCAAGAAGCAAAACUUACAAAGUGAAAAGAUUAAGUAUGAAGAACUGGAAAAAGCUAUGCAGAAGGAUUCUGAAGCACUGACAUCAAAGGAGGCUGAAGUAAAGAAGAUAGUGCAAGAGCUGAAUGCUUUACAGGAAACAAGUGAAAAAGAUGCACUUGCUUUGACUGCAGCACACCACCAUUUUAAUGCUGUGUCUUCUGGCUUGUCCAGCAGUGGCGGUGGGGAAGAUACUACUCUGUCUGGACAGAUGAUGGCUUGCAAAACUGAAAUCAGCAAAUUAGUAACAGAGGCUAAGCAGGCCCAAAUGAAAUUGAAUUAUGCACAAAAAGAAUUGAAGACAAAACAAGCUGCAGUUAAGACGAUGGAUGCAAGCUACAAGAAAGACCGUGGGGUACUUGAAGCUCUCAGGAAUACAAAAACUCAACUAGAGGCCGAGAUGAAAAAGCUGAACUAUGAAGAAGAGAGAGAAGCCACCCUUUUAGAAGAGAAGGCAGCAUUGGCACCUGACGUCUGUCGGCUGAGGGAAUUGCGUGACAGAUUAAUGGCAAGAUGUCCUCAACUACACUUCAAAUACAAACAUCCAGAGAAGGGUUGGGAUCCAGGACGUGUGAAAGGCCCAGUUGCAUGCCUUCUCUCUGUGAAAGAUACAUCCCAAGCAAAAGCUCUGGAAGCGGUGGCUGGAGCGAAGCUCUCUAACAUUGUUGUGGACACCGAGGCUACUGGCAAAGAACUUUUAGAAAGGGGUGGUCUGCAGCGUCGAUGCACCAUCAUUCCCCUAAACAAGAUCGCAGCCGGGUGUAUUGAACAAAGCAAGAUCAACUUGGCCAAAACCUUGGCUGGCCAUGAUAGUGUGGAUUUAGCCCUUCACCUAAUUGAAUAUGACCCUAAACUGCAGAGAGCAAUGGAGUAUGUCUUUGGAAGAACGCUGGUCUGUAAUAGCAUGGAUACUGCCCAGAAAGUGACCUUCGACAAAAGGAUAAUGACAAAAACUGUUACAAUUGAUGGAGAAAUAUUUAGCCCCCAGGGCACUCUGCGUGGAGGUGCAUUUUCAUGUGGUGUACCAACCUUGUGUGUGCUCAGAGAAAUUAAAGAUGCUGAAACAGAACUUGCUGUAAAGGAACGUCGACUUGAGGCUGUGGAGAAGGAGCUGGCAGUCUUGAAGAAUGCUGCUGAGAAGUACCAGGUGCUGAAGCAGCAGUGGGAGCUGAAGUCUGAGGAAGCAGAGCUGCUGGAAAAGAAGCUUCAGCUAAGUGCUUACCACAAGCAAGAGGAAGAGAUACUGGCACUGAAGAAAACCAUUGUGGAGUGUGAAGAGACAUUAAAGAGAGCUGAAGAGACCCAACAGAAGGCAGAAGAUAAAUGCAGGUUAUUAGAGAAAAAAAUUAAAGACCGAGAAGCAGAUUGUGCACAACAACUGAAAAGCGCACAGCAGAAAUUGGAUGAUGCCAAGAAAAAGGCAGACACUUCAAGCAAGAAAAUGAAAGAAAAGCAGCAGGAAGUUGAAGCUUUAGCUCUGGAACUUGAAGAGCUAAAAGAAGAGCAGACCUCCUAUAAACAACAGAUAAAGGCCGUAGCUGAAGCAAUCCAAGACUACGAGGCGGAAGUUAAUGCUUUGACGGCUGAGGUGUCGAAGACAAAGAAAUCUGUAGAGAAAUCAGAGAAAGAGGUGGCCAAGCAAAAGGAAGUUGUUGAGACACAGAAUAAAGCAAUACAAGCCAAAGAUGCAGAGAUAGCAAAAUGCAGAGAACAAAAUCAUGAAUUACAGCUUCAGCUUAAAGAAUUCGAACACAACAUCAGCAAACAUCAGCAAGACACUGAUGAUGCUGCUUUCACGAUCAGCAAAAUAAUGGAAGAGCACCCAUGGAUAGCUUCAGAGAAGCAGUUUUUUGGUCAGCCAGGCACAGCCUAUGAUUUCAAAGCCAACGAUCCUAAAGAUGUAGCUGUAAAGCUGCAGAAGCUGCAGGAGAAGAAAGAUGUGUUGUCAAAGCGAGUGAACUUGAAAGCUCUGAAUAGGCUUUCUGAGACGGAGGAGAAAUACAAUGACUUGAUGAAGAAAAAAAGAAUUGUUGAGAACGACAAGUUACAAAUUCUUGCAGCUAUUGAACGGCUAGACCGGAAGAAAGCGGAGGCCUUACAAAUAGCGUGGAAAAAGGUGAAUGAAGACUUCGGUUCCAUCUUCUCAAUGCUUCUACCAGGAGCCAAAGCUAUGCUAGUAGCUUCUGGAGCCCACAAUGUCUUGGAAGGCCUGCAGUUCAAAGUUGGCUUGGGAAACAUCUGGAAAGACAACUUAACGGAACUUAGUGGAGGACAAAGAUCGCUGGUGGCCUUAUCCUUGAUCUUAGCCACGCUGCUCUUCAAACCUGCCCCCAUCUACAUCUUGGAUGAAGUGGAUGCAGCCCUUGAUCUCUCUCAUACCCAGAACAUUGGGCAGAUGCUUAAUGCACACUUUAAGCAUUCUCAGUUUAUUGUGGUGUCCUUGAAGGAUGGAAUGUUUAACAAUGCCAACGUCCUCUACAAGACCAAGUUUAUGGAUGGUGUGUCUAGUGUUGAAAGACACACUGCUAAUUCAAAAAAAUGA